CAUAGCCACGCCGGACAUUGUGCUUGAGCCAUGGCUCAAUGGCGGCGCUUUGCAAAGGCCGCGUGGAUCGGGCUGCCGCCUUUGCUCUUCGUGAAGGACAGAUGGAUGUGGGUCUACUGCGUGGAGGGCCGCAGCAUGACGCCCACGCUGAACCCGCAGGAGUCCUUCAUUGAUCGCUGCUUCCGAGAUUUCGUGCUGGUGCACAGGAACCCGGAGCUUCGGAAGGGCGACAUCGUCUUGCUGCGGGAUCCGGGCACCAACGAACUCAUCGUGAAACGCCUCAUCGCGCAGGAACACGAGGUGGUGAGGACUCCCAACACCGGGCACCUCUUCGUGCCGGAGGGCCACUGCUGGGUGGAGGGGGACAACGGGAAGCUGAGCGUGGACUCGCGAGCCUUCGGCCCGGUGCCCGCCGGGCUGCUGGAGGGCCUGGUGCUCUCCGUGGUGUGGCCGAUUUGGCGCGCUCGAUGGCUGGAGGAGGACGGGCCGGAGUCCCCGCCGCUGCUUACAGAGACGGGGGAGGAUCGCAUGCGAGUGAUGGUCACCUCGCACCUGGCGCCAGGUGCAGCGAUCGAGGAGGAUGAAGACGAUGAAUGAUGCUUUGUGAGGUGGCAGCAUUUGGGAAGCGACGCCUACAAAGUUGGCACCUCACUCGGGCGCCAAGCUGAGCGGAGUAGCGUCUCUCACAGUACUUUGAACAGGUUGCCAUGCUUGACAUCAAGACCGUGACUUGCACAAGUGGUGUGUCCUCAACCGCAUGUAGUCACCGGAUUUGCCGCAAACGGGCAUUGCUUUUGGCUCAUAGGGCCUUCCCAGAGCCGGCAACCUGGGCACGGUAUCGGUGAGCGUGCGGAAAACUGAGCGCCU